GGUCAAACACCGAGUCAGGUUAGUAUAACAACAACUUAUUUGUUGUUACUAUAACAACAAGGACAAAACGGUAAACAGACAUAAAAAAAAAUUAAAACUUUAAAUCAAUUAUCGCAAACCCUCACCUACGCUAAUUCCCACUCAGAUCUCACCUUCCUCUGGCGCCGACAUCAACGUUUGAGCAAGUGACGACGACAAGGAUAAUCGUUGGUUUUCUGCCGCGAUUGUUCUCCCUCGUCCAAAGCUAGCCACGCAUCGCCUCUGCCAUUGUCGAUCUCUGCUUCACCACCACACACGAGAGAGAUCGAAGUACGAAGGUCAUCGCCGAUGAUGACAUCAAAAUUGUAGUCGGACUCGGACCAGAGGCUGCACUGGUUUCCUUCUUCCCAGUCGAAACUCGCAGGCGACGCUCUGCUUCUUCCGGGUCGCCACUCGCAGGCAGGGCUCUCCUUCUUCUUCCCGGUCGAAACUCACCUUCUCCACACUGCCGUUGCGCCUCUCCCAAAUAGGGAUGACAAUCAAACCCAUGGCCGUGGGUAUUCGACCGCCCCCGAUCCAGUCAACGCGGAGAAUCCCCGUUUUGACCGGGUAUGGGGCGGGUAUGGGUAAAACCCGCAAAAAGUUUGAUGGGUAUGGGGCGGGUAUGGUUUUAGCCUCCCCCGCCCCAUACCCAUCCUCAUACCCGCCCCACCAAGAUAAUUUCUUCAUAUAUUAAAAAAAUAUGUGCAUCAAAUUAUAAUCUAUCAAUGACGAUGAGGAUAACUUGAGAAAAUAAAUAGUAGAAAUGCAAUUGAUUGACCACCUUAAUCAAAAUCUAAUUCAUUUCUCUCAAUUAUCAUUUCACUCUUUCACUUUUCCCAUUGUCAACAAGAUUAUGUUAGUUAAUUAUUAUUUAGUAGAUGUAUCAGAGUUAGAACAUAAUAAUUUGUAAAAGAUUAUACUCUAUAUUAUGUAUUAGUGGAUAUUUUAGGAUCAUAAUCUUUGAACCAUAUUAAAAAAAUGACCGUGUUUUAUUGACUUCAUGAUAUAAUAUGUUCGUUUAGAAUUAUAAUUAGAACUUUUCUUGUAAGUUUUAGGUAUAAUAAUGUUGGAUGUACGGGUAUGGAUAUUACGCAUGGGGUACCCGAAAUCCACGAGUAUGGGGAUGGGUUUGCAAAACAUUCCCCCGCACGAGUAAGGAAUUAUAAACAAACCCGCCCCAAACCCGCCCCAUUGCCAUCCCUACUCCCAAGCCAUUUCUCCCCCAUCGAUGGCGUCCUCCUUUGUAGAUCUCGUCACGGCGGCGCCUCAUCUGGGUCAAACACGGCGCCCUAUUCUUCAGCGGCUGCGGCGAUUCUUUCGCCGUCGUCCCCUUUCCCCGCCCAAAUCGUUGGAGACAAAUAAAUUGUCGGCGGUGGAAGUGUUGUUCGAUCUCCUCUUUCUCCAUAGGGCCGACGACGAGCCCAAUUUAAACGACUCGUAUCCGAAUAUGUUCCAGAUCCAGGGCGACCCGGCUUGCGUCACCUGUUUCUUGGCCUUGCUCUGUUUCUCCAUUGCUGGGCUGUAAUGGUGGAGAGAAGGAAGAGGGAGAGGAGAGUGCUUUUGGAAUUGAAACUGGGUUUUCAGGAUUGGAUUAUUAGAUAGGUAUGUAUAUAUAUAUAUAUAUAUAUAUAUAUAUAUAUAUAUAUAUAUAUAUAUGGGAACGACUCGUAUGCUCCAGGCAUAUACUAUACUCCAGACUCCAUCACCAUAGAUCUAAUCAGACGAUCCAUAUUUAUUUAGAUAAAUUAUUUGUUUAUUAAUAAUUAUAAUUACUAAUGACACUCAUUAAAAUUUUAUACGUACUAUAUAGUCCUUCAACAAUUUUUAUCAAUGUUUUUAUAUUCCAAUACCUUUUCUUUCGAUAAUUCUUUCUAAGAUCCACAAUUUAUAUCAUGUCGAUAUUUGGUUGAUUGGCGUCUCAAGUUAAAUUCAAUGUCAUUUUUGCAAUCGUCAUUAGUAUCAAAUACAUUCCUUUGAGUUACGCAGAUGAAAUUAACUCAUUCAUUAUUAUGAACCCAGAUUUCUAUCCUCCCGACCCUUCCCCUCCCCUCUCGUUUCUGCUUCGUAGAUCUAUCUCCGACGAAGAAUCUCCACUAGAAAUCGUCUGCCCAUCUCUCUCAAGCUCUAAUCCUUCCCGUCCUUCUGUCGUUCGUUCUCACAAAUGGCAGCCCUAGCUGCCGCCAUCGGUUCCUAGCGCCCGGCUAUCUUUUCCAUCUUCUUUGUAUUUGAAGCAGAGAACUAAACGUAGCUGGGGAAGGGGAGAUGGACAGUGGUGGCUUAAUCACGGCCGCCGCCUCCGCCCUCAGUCUUUCCAUCCUCCGUUUUUCUUCUUCUCGGCGGCAAACGGAGGUAAAGGAGGCCUAGAUUGAGGACGACGAAACAGUGGCCUCAACCAGGGUAUAAUAGGUAAAGACCCGUAUCGACGAAGCGACACCCUUCUAUUAAUCAAACACGCUAAUGGUGGGUUUCUAUUUUGAAAUCUGAGUUUUGGCCAUAUGAAUGCUAGCUAAUCACCCUGUCCAUCCUCCUCCCUUUUCUUUUCGGCAGCGAACGGACGGAAAGGAGGCCUAGAUUAAUGACGAUGAGACAACGGCCUCUACCCAUGGAUAAUAGGGCAAACCUGGAUCGAUGAAGCACGACCUUCGAUGAAUCAAACACGGUAUUGGUGGGUUUCUAUUUUGUAAUCUCAGUUUCGACCAUAUGAAUGCUAGCUUAUAACCUAUUUUGUGCACCUAGUCUUCUAAUUCCCUUGCAAAAGGUGAAUCAGAGGCAGAGGACGGCAGGGGACGGUCCAAACCGGAAGGAAACUGGUAAACUGGACUGGCUAGGGACAGGGGUGAGUUUCCAGUUGAAGAAUAAAUUUUAAAUUUAUGUUGCAUAUGAGAUGAUUUCUGAGUUAAUGAACGCAUAGGAGUAUUUGUAUUUCAAAAGGGAUGAAUCAUGGUUUAAAGAAUAUACAAAAAUCUGUAAGCACUCAAGCUAAAUGUUAUUGCUAAAUCACAUACGUAUGUCCAGUUCAGUUUCAUAUUCCGUUCUGUCCUGUUAGUGUCGAAUUUGCAUAACUAUCGUUUUGGAUGCUUGAUUCUAGGAUUUGGAUGAGUUGGAAACAAAGUUUGUCUCCCCACCGUGUUAGUAAUAGUUGGGACCUUUUUGAGGAGAAAUGACUUCAAAAGAUGUAAGACUUGUGUUUUAUAUUAUCACUAAGGAAUUUGUUGGUUUUCAUUAGUGCUACAGAGUUUAACCCAUACUCUACUAUUCUAGCACUUGAAUGCAUGGAUCCCGGUUGAUACAAUAUAUCAAAUUAAACAAUCUUCAUAUCGUUUUAGUAUUAAUGUUGUAAUGCUUCAGAGAGUUUAAAUUCAUUGUAGUUGCUUCUGAUGUCUGUCAUCUUUCUUACUAGGGGCAUCUACUGGCUACAAAAUUGUUUGCAAGGGAAUUGCAUCCCACCUUGGUUACUGAUUCUAAAGCCUAUGUAAACCUGAUCAUUUUAACUUAGGUUAUCUUGUUCUUGUUGUGUUGUGUGGUUCUGGAGUAUGUGUUAUUCUUCUUGCUCUUUCUGGUUAAGUAUUGGAAAAUGGAAUUGGCAUGCUAGCUGCCUAAUUAACUUUCAUAGAGAAAAUGGAUCUUUAGAAGUUUCUAGUGAAUGACAGAUAUGGCAGCCUUGUACAUAUAGCUGUAGAUAACUAUCUCAUUUGCGUUGUGUUCCCUGAUGAUCUUCCACUGUUAAUUGCUAAGAAUAAUGGAAUUGGUACUAUUAUCGUAUGAGGAAUGAACAUGAUAAUUUUUUUUUACUGUGGUGUGAUGUUCAGACUAAAAUUUCCUUGACAGUGAGGUUAUUGUGUGAACAGGAAAUGGGUAGGCAUUGUCAAGACCUCUAUAUAGGAGACUGCCUCUUUGUGAUGAAUGAUUUGUUGCUUCAGAGCAGGUGUUGUGUUCGUGGGUCGAUGGAUGUCGUAGAGCGUAGGGGAUUGUGCGAGUAGGACAACCUUGUGCUUCCGACUACGCGCAUAGGUAUGGCUGCAUAUGAAGUAUGUGACAAUGUAGUGUAUAACGAAAGAAGGCCUGAAUAAUUUUCUUUCGUGUGUGACGAACCUGACUGCAGUGGAAGGGCUUGAUGCCUAGAAGAGGGCCUUUGCUCUUAGACUCCAGAAUAUAGAGGCCAUGCCGCAGCAACAGUGAGUGACCACAACGUAGAGAUGGCAUAUAAAGAUUCUCAUUUUCUUUCGUCUCUUCUGCAGUUGCCAUAAUCAGAACCAAGUGACCUCUUUUGUUUCAUAGCCUUCCUGCUCUGAAAACAUGUAUGUCCUUCUAAGUUAGUGUACCAUGGUAUUGCAAAGAAACCAGUGAAGAUAAUCUUCAACGUAUCUCUAUUGUAAUCCUAAUCUCAGUCCUAGUAUUAUGGAACUAGAUGGCUAAACGUCGCCCUAGUUUUGUUUAUCGCCCUAACAAAAAAUAAAAAAUAUUACUAACUUGUCCUUUAUUUAAUUUUUUUAUGAUUUAUUUAAUCAAUUUAAAUUCAACGAAAAUAACUCUUCAAUUGCUAAUCCUCCAACAUCGCUCGCCGCCGCGUCUUCAAAAUCCCUUCAUCGGCAUCCUUCUCCAACUGCAUCUGGCCGUCGUUCCUACUUCCCGGUCGUCUCUCUCCAAAAUAUAGGGGCGAAUAAUUAGUUGGAGAUGAAGGCCUUGGGAAGUUUGAAUUCAACCGAUCUCUCAUCCAAGAAAGGGAUGGAUGCAUGGUUGUGUGCUGCCUUUUCAUUCACUGCUUGUCGUUCGAAAUGAAAAAAUUGAAUUGAU